AUGUCCUCAACGCCUUCAUCGCAAAGCACAUCCGGCUCGAGCAAUUGGACAGGCACAGUGACUACAGGUACGCCUUUGUCCUCGGCCAAGACGAAACGCAAGCGCCCAGCUGUCCAAAGAACCUCGACCAUUGCAGCUCCCAAAACACCAAGUGCUCAGACCUCCUCCUACCCACGCACCGGCUACGAGACACCAAGCUCCUCAUCGCCCAGCGACAACGCCAGAACCAACGCCGGCCAAAAGCCAAAGCGGAUAAAACGCUCUCCUGCCGCGAAGGAACAGGCGCACCAAAGGCGACGAGCGAAACAAAUCCUCGACUUGGCCGAGACGCACCAGCUCAAAGACGCCGCCGCUCGCCUUUGCAUCACGCAUCAUGAGGCGCUGAAGCGGUUUCUGCACGCUCUCGUGAUCUUUAGCGAGAAGCGAGGGUGCACGAUCGUCGAGGUUGCGGAGGAGGUGCAGAGGAAGAGGGUGGCGAAUGGGUUUGAGGCGUGCAUUGAUCCUGAGGUGGUAAGGUGGUUUGAAUGGAGUCUUGGUCGGGGAGAUGAGUGA